AUGUUUAUUAUUCCAUUUAGUUUUUAUAAAAGAAUUAGUUUUAAAGAUUCAUGUAAUUUAGUUGCUCAAUCAUAUCUUAUUGGAUCAUUGGGAAAAGUAUUUCUUUGUUUAGUUUUAAUGUGGACAAAUUCAUUACCAAUUUAUUUAUUUUCUAUAACAAUGGCAAAUUUAACUUUUAUUGCAUGUAUGAGUGUUGUAUUUGAAAUAUCUACAUGGAAAAUGUUAAUUAUUGGUUUUGUAAUUGGAAUAAUAUACACAAUUAUUACAUCUCAAUUCUUCCCUUUAACUCCAUUAACAUAUUAUAUUAAAAAUAAAAGGUUAUUAGAUUUAUUAAUUGGAGAUCUUUAUACUUUUUAA